GCUAUAGUUUUCUCGGUUUAAACCUAACAGACCGAUGAAAAAAUUCGGUUCUGCCUAUCCAAAAACCAAAAUUUACAUCCCUAAAUUUCCUUAACCCAGUAAACUAUCUAUCGUCAAUUUUGUUUGCCGCCGCCAGAGGGGGAGCACAGAAGAAACAGAAGGCGGUCUUUACUCUUCUUCGUUUACUCAGUAUUCGAAUCGUUGGGGUGUGUAAUCGUUCUGUGUUUGAUGCGAUAGUUUUGUGUAACCAAGAAGGGGCCGUUACAAGUCCGCCAUUCAGGGGGUUCGAGAGGAGUCAAUUUUGGUAGUACAAGUUGCUUUGCGGGUGGUGAAGCGAUGGGAAAGCAAGCGAAGGGUAACAGGAACACUAGGGGGAUGCCUGUUGAUCAUAUAGACGACAUGGACGAUGAGAUUGAUGCGUUUCACAAGCAGAGGGAUGUCGUUCCGCUAGACAUCAAUGCUGAAGUUGGGGAAUCUGACGACGAGCAACCUGUCUUUGAUUUUGAGGAUAUCAAUGAUGAUGCAAAUGGAGAGGAUGAGGACGAUGAUGACCAAGAUACCGGAUUUGCUGCAAAGAUUGUACGGCAAGGGAAAUAUAUGCGGGCAAAGUUUGGCGGAGUUGAAGAUGACUUGCAUGAUGAUGAGGAAGAUGAAGAAGAAAAUAAAGUUGUAUGGGGUGGGCAAAAGAGCAGAUAUUAUGACGGUGAUAAUCGUGAUUUUGAGCUGCAAUCUAGUGAUGAUGAGUCUCCAGCGGAAGAGGAGGCAGAGGUGCUAAGAUUGCAAAAAGAAAAGGCAAAAUCUUUAUCGAUGGCAGAUAUGGGCCUUGAAGAUGUUAGUGAAGUUGAGACUGACAGAGAAUUAACUUUAGAGGAACUCUCAGACGAACGAAAAGGUAAAGUGCAAUUUCCAUUGAUCAAAGCAGCUGGGGAUGAAAUGGGUACAGUAUAUGAGCAGGUCAAGAAAGAUUUGAAUGCUUUGUCUAAAGAGGAGCAAAUGGAUGUUGUAUACAGUUCUGCUCCAGAGUUGGUUGGUUUGCUAUCAGAGCUGAAUGAUGCAAUUGAACAACUUGAAAGCAAAGUUAAUCCGCUUUUAGAAAAGGUGAAAGAAGGGGAAAUCAUGCGAGAAGGUGGGAUGCGUUAUUUGGAGGUUAAGCAGAUUCUUUUGCUGGCCUAUUGCCAAGCAAUAACCUUUUAUCUUCUCCUCAAGUCUGAAGGACAGCCAGUUCGUGAUCAUCCUGUGAUAGCUCGUCUUGUAGAGAUCAAAGGCUUGUUGGAGAAGAUAAAACAACUUGAUGGUCAUCUUCCCUUUGAAUUUGAGAAGAUUCUGAUGAAUAAUUAUGGGGCUGGAACAGUAGUGAAGGCAGCUAAAGAGGGCUCUCCACAUGCUUCUGUCUCGGUCUCGGAAGACCAUGGCCUCCCUCAUAUCUUGGCAGACACACAACAAGGAGCGAAGCCUCUGGACACAACUGAAUUGGCAAAAGUGAAGUUAUCUAGAGAUCAAGAGACCAAAAGAGGGAAGCGCAAGCAUCAGGGUGACCAUUUUGGUGUAGAAAGCAUGGAAAUGUUAAAAGUAAGAGCUGCCCUUGAGGAGAAAUUGAAGCAAAAAGGGGUCUUUGGUUCCCUUGCCUCAAAACCUGAAAAGGCCAGGAAACAUCAAAAACUAAUAAAUGGAUAUCUUGAAACACACGAUGACUUUGAUGAUGAAGCUAUUGAUGUUGAGAGGAAAACUUAUGGGUUGAGAAAUGGGCAUGCAAGCUCAUUGCCUGCAAGUAGACUUUCCCAACUAGUCACUUUGAAAGUAAACAAGCCCAAGGUUAUUUCCGGUGAUGAUGACUUGCCUAAGAGGGAUGAUGUUGGAGAAAGACGGAGGAAAUAUGAGCUUAAGGUAUUGGCUGGAGCUGGUGUGAAGUCUGAGGAUGAUGCCGGUGAUGAGCUUCAGCCUAUAGAUGCAAAUGUAAAUUCUGAUGCAGAGGAAGUUGAUAGUGGGGGCUCAGAUGGUGAAACAGGGGGCUCCGAAGAUGAAUUUUACAAACAAGCACAACUAAAACGAGCUGCAAAAAUUGCUGCCAAGGCUGAGAAAUAUUCAAGGACAUCAUCAGUCCCGUCGUUGCCUGAAACUGUGGAUGGGAAACGGCAGAUCACUUAUCAGAUUGAGAAGAACAGAGGCCUAACUCGUCCACGCAAUAAACUAACAAAAAAUCCAAGGAAGAAAUACAGGACAAAGCAUGUGGGGGCAGUGAAGCGUCGCAAAGGGCAGGUGCGGGAUGUCAAGAAACCUUACGGUCCUUAUGGUGGGGAGGCCUCUGGUAUCAAUGCAGGAAUCAGUAGGAGCAUUAGAUUCAAGAACUAAAAUACUUUGGUUUCCAUUUAGUUAUAUACGUUCAAACUGUCAGUGUAGCUUGAGAUUGCCAUGCCCAAGCACUUUUUUUAUACAAAUAGAUUCUCAGUCAGAGAUGCAGAAGUGGGUGCCUUUUCAUUGGUCUUUAAUAUUCAUAGGACAUGGUAUUUAUAGAUCUCCUUGGCUUACCUGAAUUCAUUCUAUUUGAUGGGAUCUAUACACUUGGUCAGAAGGAUAACUAUGGAAAUUAUUGAUAUGAAUAUUUUGACGGGAAAUUAUUGAU